CUACGACAUCAGCCAAAGAAAUACUCAGCAAGUACAAAAUCUGUUCCAGGGAGCUGCUUUUGUGCAGAGGGAAAAUUUUGUUCCUACAGGUUUUUAAGUGGGUACGAGGCAAGGAGCUAUCUGAUCCGGGCAGAGCCAUUACAAUUUAGAUCUCUAUCUGUAGAACAUUUUUUUUUCCUUAAAAAAAUUGGAAAAUACAAGAAGUUUGGAUUUUUUUCCCGAUUCUUUUUUUGGAGGGGGAAAUUGCAUCGUAAGCUUUCGGAGAAACCCAACAUGUCAACUACCUUUCCGGGACUAGUCCACGAUGCCGAGAUACGUCACGACGGAUCAAACAGCUACCGUUUGAUGCAGCUUGGCUGUCUGGAGUCCGUAGCCAAUUCCACUGUCGCCUAUUCCUCCUCCUCUCCUUUAACUUACUCCACCACCGGCACCGAGUUUGCGUCCCCCUACUUCUCCACUAACCACCAGUACACCCCGCUCCACCACCAGUCCUUCCAUUACGAGUUUCAGCACAGCCACCCGGCCGUCACCCCCGACGCCUACUCUCUGAACUCGCUCCACCAUUCGCAACAGUACUACCAGCAAAUCCACCACGGGGAGCCCACCGACUUUAUUAACCUGCACAAUGCGCGGGCGCUCAAGUCGUCCUGCCUGGACGAGCAGAGGCGGGAACUGGGCUGCCUCGAUGCCUACCGCCGCCACGACCUGUCCCUCAUGAGCCAUGGCUCUCAGUAUGGAAUGCACCCAGAUCAAAGACUCCUGCCAGGGCCCAGCCUGGGGCUGGCCGCCGCGGGAGCAGACGACUUGCAGGGCUCUGUGGAAGCCCAGUGUGGGCUUGUUCUCAAUGGCCAAGGUGGGGUGAUAAGAAGAGGUGGCACCUGUGUGGUCAACCCCACAGACUUGUUUUGCUCUGUCCCUGGUCGUUUGUCCCUUCUCAGUUCUACUUCCAAAUACAAGGUGACCAUUGCUGAGGUAAAGAGACGUCUCUCACCACCUGAAUGCCUCAAUGCUUCACUCUUGGGAGGCAUUUUGAGACGAGCAAAAUCCAAGAAUGGGGGCCGAUGCCUGAGAGAAAAACUGGAUAGGUUGGGCUUGAACUUGCCAGCUGGAAGACGGAAAGCAGCUAACGUGACCCUCCUCACUUCCUUAGUCGAAGGGGAGGCUUUACACUUGGCUCGGGAUUUUGGCUACACUUGUGAAACAGAGUUUCCAGCCAAAGCAGUAGGUGAACAUCUUGCCAGACAACAUAUGGAACAGAAAGAACAGACAGCCAGGAAAAAGAUGAUUCUGGCGACCAAACAAAUUUGUAAAGAAUUCCAGGACCUCUUGAGCCAAGAUAGAUCACCGCUGGGAUCCUCCAGACCCACGCCAAUUCUAGACCUUGACAUCCAGAGACACUUGACACAUUUCAGUUUGAUCACUCAUGGCUUUGGGACUCCAGCAAUAUGUGCAGCCCUAAGCACUUUCCAAACAGUCCUCAGUGAAAUGCUGAACUACUUGGAAAAGCACACUACUCACAAAAACAGUGGAGCUGCGGAUUCCGGCCAAGGACAUGCCAACUCGGAGAAAGCCCCCCUGCGGAAAACUUCAGAGGCUGCCGUGAAAGAAGGCAAAACAGAAAAGACAGACUAGCUACAUCAAACAGAAUCUAUUUCCAGAGAGUCUUGCUGCUGAUAUUUUUUCUAAUAUAUAUAUCAUUGAGGGUGAUUAAUCUUCAGUGGACCAAAUCUCUUCCCUUCCCAACCCUCCAUUUAAAAAAAAAAAAAUGGAAAUGAAAAAUGAAACAAAAAAG